AUGAUAUCCCCAAGUCUUCCGACGGAGAGUAGCCUCAGGCAUUUGCUCUAUGCCUUGGUACCGAUCUUCUGGUACUGGGUACUUCCUCUACUACACGGCAUGUUUUUGUCUCCCCUGAGAAGGGUGCCCGGCCCAUUCUUGGCUCGCGUGAGUCGCCUGUGGGAGUUUUAUUAUCUCUGGAAAGGUCAAUCAAAUCUUGACUUUAUUCAAUUACACCAAAAGUACGGGCCUGUCGUCCGAAUCGCACCGAAUCGCUAUAGUUUCAGUCGGCAGGAGGAUGUCAAGACUAUUUACGCCCUGGGCGGCAGAUUUUUCAAGACCGACUUCUAUGCAUCGUUGCUAACUGAGGAUCCAUUGAUUAACAAUGUAUUCCCAACCAUCAACAACGAUGAACACAGGGAUAGGCGACGAAAGAUUUCGUCUCUAUACACCAUGUCGACCAUGAUCACGUAUGAAAAGGCAGUCGAUGACAUGACAGAGGUGUUGACCAAGAAGCUACGCGUUUUUGCCAAUGAGGGCCGGCCAUUUCAUUUCCCGCGCUUCAUGCAAUACUACGCUUUCGAUGUUAUCGGGCAGAUCACAUUUGGUCAGAGCUUUGGCAUGAUGGAGAAGGAAUGCGAUCCGACAGGCAUGCUCGAGGGCGUCCACCGAGUGCUCGACUAUCUUGCGCGCAUCGGACUCUUGCCCGACUUGCAUCCCCUUGCCCGAAGACUCACCGGCAAGGAUACCAAAGCCCGAGCGCUUGUCGACUACACCUUUGGCCAAAUCGACAGAUACCGCAGGGAGAAGAAUACAGCGGCUUCACGAACCCAAUACGCAACCUUCCUCCAGAAGCUCCUUGACAUGCACGAUGCCGACAAGAUCACCAUGGUUAACAUUCAAGACGCCGCUGGCAGCAACCUUGGGGCGGGAUCCGACACCACCGCAAUCACCCUGAGCUCGGCGCUGUACUACCUGUACCGGAAUCCAAAGGUACUUGCGAAGCUCCGCUGCGAGAUUGACACGAUGGUCGCGGAGGGGCGAAUCUCCGAUCCCAUAACCUUUCAGGAAGCUCAGGGCAUGCCUUAUCUCCAGGCUGUUAUCAACGAGAGCUUUCGCAUGCAUCCGGCCGUGGGCACAAUCUUGCCGAGGGUAGUCCCCAAAGGGGGGACUCACGUAGGAGCAAACGCCUGGGUGCUUCAUUAUGACAAGGCGGCCUUUGGUCCCGACGCAGACGUCUAUCGACCUGAGCGUUGGCUACAACCAGAGGGGGGCCGAGAAUCUCAGACCGGCAUGAUGUUUACAUUUGGAGCAGGUUCCCGAGCUUGCAUCGGCAAGAACAUUGCACUCCUCGAAAUCAACAAGGUCGUUCCCCAGUUCGUGCGUAACUUCGACGUCGUUAUGGAUGAUAACGCAACUAUGCACACUCAUUGCUCAUGGUUUGUGUUCCCGAAUUUUCAAGCUCGGGUCAAGCUGCGAGAGGGAGUAGAAUAG